AUGCAGAACGAUGUCCUCGCCACGGGAAUCAUGUCCUUUGCGAUGCACGAGAUUGUCUAUUUUGGCCGGUGUAUACCGUGGAUGAUGUUCGACUACAUUCCAGCAUUCAACAAGUACAAGAUCCAAGGCCAAAAGAUGCCGACUCUUGCCGAACAAUGGGCCUGCGCACGCCUUGUCCUCUUGUCGCAUUUCACGGUUGAGCUUCCGCAGAUCUGGCUGUUCCACCCUCUGGCACAAUUCUGCGGUCUUUCGACAUCCGUUCCUUUCCCGCCGUGGUGGAAGAUGGCGUAUCAGAUUGCCAUCUUCUUCGUCCUCGAGGAUACCUGGCAUUACUGGUUUCACCGAGCUCUGCACACUCCGACGCUGUACAAGAAGAUCCACAAACUCCACCACCAAUACUCCGCACCCUUUGGCGUCGCUGCUGAGUACGCCUCGCCCAUCGAGACCAUGAUUCUGGCAUUCGGCGCAGUGGGCAUUCCCGUCAUCUACACCGCCAUCACGAAAGACCUGCAUAUCCUCACUAUGUAUGUGUGGAUCAUCCUCAGACUCUUCCAAGCAAUCGACGCGCACUCAGGAUACGAGUUCCCAUGGUCAUUACACCACUUCCUGCCCUUCUGGGCCGGUGCCGAUCACCACGAUGUCCAUCACGAGAAGUUCCUCGGCAACUACGCCAGCAGUUUCCGGUGGUGGGACUACGUGAUGGACACCGAGGCUGGCAGCGUGUGCAAUCCCAAGAAACGCGAGGAGAAGAAGGUGCAAUGA